AUGCUUAUAUGUCACUUAAUUAAUUUAUUCUGCUAUCGUCCAGGUAAGAGGAAAGGCAAACAGAAUGACCAUGACGAGGAACCGAGCGAGUCCGUGGCUGAAUCUGAGGAAUUGGGAACAGAAGCACCAGAACUUACUGUCAGAUUGGAAGAGAAUCCCAAGUGGAAAGAACUUACGGGCUUGCUGGAUGAGAUAGGCGAGGAAAGUACGGCAAGUGGAGAAACGCCUGCGAAUGUGCUGAUACUAGUCAGUGAACAACGCACCGCUUGGCAACUACGCGACUACCUGUCGACGGGGGGACGCCAAAUGCUACACAAAGGCUUCCGUAAACAUCUGGCGCUAAGGCAAAGGCUGAAGGAGGUGCGCACAAAGUUCACUACGGAGAGGGCGCUGCAGCGUGGAAAGCAG